CAAAGAACAAAUGUGUGAUUGGCAGGCCACCCUACCCAAUCGGAAGCAAGUUACCUUUUGGACCAGCUACACGUCGGCAUUGCUCGAAGAUGGACUCGCUUAUACUGGAACCCUCUCUGUACACAGUGAAGGCUGUUCUGAUCCUUGACAAUGAUGGCGAGAGGCUUUAUGCAAAGUACUAUGAUGACACUUACCCCACGGUGAAGGAGCAGAAAGCCUUCGAGAAGAACAUCUUCAACAAGACGCACCGCACAGACAGUGAGAUAGCUCUCCUGGAGGGGCUGACUGUCAUCUAUAAGAGCAGCAUCGAUCUGUACUUCUAUGUGAUUGGCAGCUCAUACGAGAACGAGCUGAUGCUGAUGUCGGUGCUGAACUGCCUGUUUGACUCGCUCAGUCAGAUGUUAAGGAAGAACGUUGAGAAGAGGGCUCUGCUGGAGAACAUGGAGGGGCUGUUUCUCGCUGUGGACGAGAUCGUGGAUGGAGGGGUGAUUCUGGAGAGUGAUCCUCAGCAGGUGGUGCAUCGCGUGGCACUGAGGGGAGACGAUGUUCCUCUGACAGAGCAGACUGUCACUCAGGUUCUUCAGUCUGCGAAAGAGCAGAUCAAGUGGUCUCUGCUACGAUAGAUUUGAAAACGAGAGCUUUCCUUCCAGGGGGAACUACAGCCUCCCUCCCCAUCUCUCUCUCCACCAAUCAGAAAGACACAGGGACCUCAUCAAUGUUGUUGUUUCUUUGUAAUUAUAUAUAUGUAUUUUUUUGUAAUCUUUCAUUCCAAGUUUGUGUUGAACAGUGGCGAGACUGUUCAGAAUUUCCGGUUGAUUUGAUGACAUGAGCCUGGUUUUAUAAAGUGUGGUGCAUUGCUGUCACGGCCUCUGGACCCGCCCACUCUCAUGAAUAUUAACGCCUUGCUGAUGAAUAUUCACGAGCGCAGCUCCCUUUAGCAUUCUGUGUAGUGGGUGAGGGACCUCUUUUUAAAAGCGGGUGCAGUCCCGAUUAGAGCAGUUUGCUGGUUAAAUAUUUGUGAAGAAACGGAGAACAACCGUUCAGUCCCUUCUUAAUACAAAAAUUGCUGCAUUUUAACGGCUGUUCUGAUCAAAGGCAUUGUGGUUUUUUGGUCCUAUGAACACUGUAAACCAUUUCUGUCCGUCGCCUAUAAGAAAGCGAUCUACUUUUUUUUUUUUUUUUUUCCCCCCCAUGUGCAAGUGCGUAGGAUUUCUCCGGGGCGAUUAUUGGAAAUGUUGGGUAAAUCAAUGAGUAUUUUUAGGUGCUCGCUCACAAGGGCAUGCGGCUCCCCUCCCCUUGAUUAGGGGGCAGGUGGAUCACGUGACAGCAGCGACGCUCCAGCAUGUACUGUGUAAUUCACAAUGGAUUUCAAUAAAAGAUGUCUUCAAACUCUC